AUGUCAAGCGCGACACGAGUGCAGCAGCAGCUGACCACGCGCUGGUCGACGCUGCGCUACCGCAUGGAGUACAACGGGUACCUGUCCAACCAUCUGCUGCACGGCGUCGUGGCACUGUUUGAUCUGGGCGGGAGCGAGGAGAAGAUCGACGCGUUCACACGAAGUUACGCGACCAAGUUGGAAACGACCGCUGGACCCAACGACGGUGCUGGAAGUCCGUCGGACGCCUGCAGUCCACUCGCACACGAUCGCAAGUUGACGUGGGCACACGCCCGUGAAUUGCUCGGCAAACGCCAGAGCUUUGACGGACUUCUGUCGCUCUACGCGGCUGACGUCCACGAGUCGGGGAUCGAUGGAGCUGUGAAGAAACACCUGCCAAAUCUUGUGGGUGGACUCGCUGGAGCGCUGUUGCACUCGAUUAUCCAGCUGGGAUACGCCUAUCACAUUGGCGGAGAUCGUCUAGUGGCUGAAGGACUCACGUACAUGCACUUUGCCUACCUGUCGUUUGAUGAGCCCCUGCACGUAAAUGGGGAGGAACGACCGGCGACGAAAACGCUGUCACGUGGUGAAGCAGUGCAUCUCGUCCAAGUACUGAAUGGAAAUGAAAUGCUGCUGGGUGAGAUGCGCCGCAAGCUUCAGACGAAACCGCUCGUUGAUCUCGAAACGAGCGGCCUGCAGAAGCGGUUGAGCACCAUGUCCGGUGAUCCAGAGCGUGGAAGCGCUGCCGCGUUUCGCAUGAUUUGGGAGACGAUCAACAGCUACGACCUAUCGAACAUGGGUGGUGUGCUUGCGCUGGACUUGGCCUUCUGGUUGUACGCGAUGGUCGAGCACAAUGAUUUCGUCAUCUUGCACGCGGUGACAUCGGCGAGGGCCCUUCAGCAGGUGGAGCACCUACUGGACCCGAAAGAUCGUCAGCGCGCAUGGAAAGUGUGGCUCCACGUGGCGUUAUCGGCGUUUGUCACGAAUGACAGUAAAGAUGUGCGAUCAUCGGACGUGUGUGAGCAGCAGCUGUCCGAGCCAGCGCCGUGGCAACACAUUGUCGCCAAGACGUUGGCGCUAGCAGACGAAGGGCUGCUGGAACGCGAUUUGGUGCAUGUGUACAAGCUCGUGCAAGUCGCGCGUAGCCACGCUCAGCGCAUGGAGAGUGCGUUCUUGACGAACGAAGAGCGGGACUGGAUUGCUCGCAAAAGCGCCUUGAAGGUCAUAACGUGCGAGUUUGGUCCACUAUAG